CCUGUCUCGGGUAUCGGUACCACCUGCUGCGGAAAAAACGCAAAGACUUGGAGGACAAGUUCAACAAGGACAAUGAGAUCGAGUCCGAAAGCAGUGAGGGCGAGUAUGGCACUCUCAAGGAGUUUACAUGAUUGAUCGCUGUUGCAUAAUUUCUCGUUAUCAUGCAAAAUCACUACCAGGAGGACCACGAUCUUCCAGAUUCACACAAUCAAGUUACUGUGUGUCACAAGUUUGAGAUGACGCGGUAAAUUUUCAAUAGUAUGGGAAUUGAUGUCCGUGACAAUCUGUAAUGCAAGCCGCGCAAGCUGUAAGCACAAGCUGUAGCUGUUGCUUUUCGGCUCCCCCCCUUCUACUUUUAUCAUUCUGGUGUAGCAAGAAAUGAAAAUCGUGUACGGGCGAUCAAUGUACUAAGGUUUGAGAGCGCCAUAGCGAAGAGGAAACCGAAACCGCCGCGAGCGUGGGACCCACGGAGAUACGCGUUGCAAAUUCAUCUUCACAACACCUGAUUCGGGUCCUCUUUUGAUAGCGAAAUAGUACAGAG